AUGUCCAUCUCCCCCACUACGGGCAUGAACAUGCUUUCUCUCGAAGGUACACCAACAAUGGCACAGGCCAGAUUUCCGACUCAAUCACCGAGGACGAGCCCCUCCAUGUCCGGAUCCGAACGACAUGACGACACAAAUGAGUGGGAGGAGGACGAGGAGGAAGAUGAUGAUGACAGCGACCGAGGUGUGAUAUCAUCACCGGGUGGUUUCAGAUAUGAUAUCUCACAACUACCGCACAAAACCCAGCAGAUGGUUCGAGGACUAUACCAUCAGGUCUCGACACCGGGACCACCACAGAUAUCUCUAGAGUUGUGCGGCAUAAAAGAGGAAGAUGACGCCGAGGGUGGCUUCUUCUACGCAUUCCAGAUGCAGGAAACGGUACCAUGCUCUAUUCGAAUUGGCUCAAAAAACAGCAAGACGUACUCAACACCUCGCUGCGAGUGCCCCGACGCCAGAUACCGGAACCAAAAACCCUGCAAACACCUUAUCUGGUUGUUUGACAGGAUAUCGAAACAAGCCCUCUUCGACCACGACCUUGAAGCCAGCCUUACUCUCACCGACUAUGGGUAUCCUGAGCAACUUCAAGAUCCUUUCGACCAGAUCUCUCGCAUCCGCCUCGACAUUCUUGCCGACGACCUUCAUUGUGAUAUCUUUGACCCAGACAACGACACCUCAGAUCCAUCGCGCUCACGAAUACAAGAGGCUCGCGAGAUGGUUGCGGCACUAGCUGGUGUGCAACCCCAAGAGCUUGACACCUACAGACCAGAUCUUGGGACUUCACACUACACGUCACCAAUACGUCGUGGCGACCUCGAGGCCACCCUUUUUUCUCUCCUUUUGUCCUCGCAUUCGCUUUCUGAGUGGGUUCGGACAGAGUUGGAGUCAUCGGGUCCAGCCGUUGAGCCUUUCCGGGCCAUGGAACGGCGGGUAUCCCGAAUUCUUUCCGAGCUCGAGACCUACUCCUCCUCUCUCCAAAACACACCCGCCACCUCGGUUCGUUCUCAGAAAGAAAAGACUGUCGAAGGUCCACGCGAUGUCCACUGGGCAGCUACGCAGGUCCAACACUGUGUCCGCAAAAUCGAGCUGCUCGUCUCUCGCGGAUCGGAUCCAUUGUCUGAACCAGCCCGAGCCUCGGCAGCCCGCUCGCUCGUGAGCAUCCUAAAGGCAGUCGUCAGCCGAAACGUCGACUCGCACGGCGGCGACACACCGGACGAUCGAAAUCUUUUUAUGCGUCUGGUUGGAAACCACGACACGGGCUUUGUGUACAGCGCCCUUGAGCUUCUCGUCGACCAGAGCCAGUUCAUUGAGGAGCUGGAGGGUAUCAUGGAGUUGCUCGGCCGUCAUGGGGCUCCGACGACAUAUGUCGCCAACAUGCGGGGCUUGAUAUCCCGGAUGAGGAGCCACAAGGCUGUUGGUCAUGCUGCCAAUGCGUGGGAGAGUUCAAGGCGGAGGAGCCAGACGCCUCCUAUGGACGAGCCUCAGGUUCCACCACCACCACCGCUGUUUGUUCAAACGCCUACGGAGGAGGAAGGGCCAAAGCGUACGACACCAGUUGGGGGCUCAAACAGUCCGCAGUUUCUCACACCCGAGCUCCCUAGCUCUUCCCGGCCUGGUAGAGGGGGUGCCGCUCGUGGGAGAGGGAGCACUCGAGGUGCGACUGCAGGCUCGAAACGGACGGCCUCGUUGGGAAAUGCCCAGGACAGUCCGCGGGGGUCAAAGAAGAAGAGGGUUAGAGGUGCCUAG